ACAUGCACUAACUCGUUGCACUUUACCUGAAAUGUUUUCCAUUUCUGUUUAUUUUUACAGUUGUAAUGAUGACUGUUUACAUACCUCUUUGUCUUUGAAAUUACUGUGAUGGCAGAAAGGCUUUUAUCUGAGGGUUCUCUUUAGGGCAUCAGGCAUUAACUUUGUUUAAUGGUCAACAUGCUUAGGAGGAUGGGUUUGCCAACAAGUCACGGCUUAUGUCUUUCGUUGAGGUGUGUGCAGUGCAGGUCAUCAGGGAUGAUGAAUGGUUGAUUGAUCUGGAGACCUGAACAUUCCUUCUAUGACAAAGCAAGAGCUUUGUCCAAAUAAUUAAUGUUGCUGAAAAGAGGGACAACAGCAACCCCCUCUGUUUUACAAACUCAGAUGGGGAAGCAAUCUCACUUCUUCACAUGCAGCAGUAUUGAGGUGGUUGGAUGACCAAUCUGAGUCUUGAGAAGUAAAACAGUAAAAAGUGGUGUUGUAUUUCAAAGAUACACAAAAUACCAUUACAAGAAGACAAAGGAUAUUAAUAGGCUAUGAGACUAUCAAUAUGAGUGGCAUAAGAAAAAAUAAGAACAACCCUUGGAAGGUAUAUGAGAAGGAAACCCCCAGCAGCAUCAAAUGUUUCAACCAGAAACGGAAUUUGUACUUUGAGGAGGAGCUGCGGUUGGAGCACCUGCACCUCCUCAAGGAAGCCUUCGCCAACCACGUUCCCUUGGAUUUUGGGUCCCCACUAAGGGUCAGCACCAAUGAACUGGCCGGCGGCCAUCAGCCGGUGAGUGGAUCCAGGAGGCAGGCAGGCAGCAUGAGCCUCGAGGAGUUCCAGGCUGCCUUAAGUGCCAUGCUGGGCUCAGAGCGCUGGGCUAGCCAGACAGAGCAGCUGUUUAAUAAGGUAAGCUCUCCCCUCUACCCCCACCAUUCACAGACCCCUCCAGCCACAUCGCAGUGGCUGCAGACAUGCAGUCACCUCUUCCCCUCACAGGCAGAUGCUUCCUGUGAUGGGUUUGUGGACUGGGGCAAGUUCUGCACCUACAUGCUGCUGCGCUACAGGGAGAAGGACUACAGCGCACAGCCCAGAGAUGGCCUUCUGACAACCCAGCCUCUGAUCAGGCACUGCCAUUACAACAAGCAAGAGCCGAACACUUGUAUGCUGGCAGUGCCCCACCCGUCACCCCUGCGCUUUGUUAGUAUCAGCAGGGAAGGCAUCCUCACCAUCUGGAACAGAAACCUGCACCCACUAAAGUCACUGGAGCUCUCAGGGGACCCUGGCGACGAAGGGGGCAACAAGAGAAGGCUCAGAUACUGGACCACUGAUGCUGUGUACAUGCCCAACAUCCACAAGAUUGCUGUGGCAACCACCAGCAGGGACUUACACUUCUUUGAUGUCUCUACAGGCAAUGUUUUUGAAGAGUUCGUCCUGUUUGGGAUAAAAAAUGUACCAACCUCUCUUUGCUACUGGUUUGACACUAAGUCUCCCGGAAAUCGCUCUGUACUGCUGUGGGGGGACGAUGAGGGGGGUGUGAGUUUGAUGUGGUUCCUGGACCCUCAAACAGGGCUGUUUGAGAUGCCCUUCAGUAAUGAAAAUGGCCCCCGCAGAAUCUUCAUGCAGGACAUUGGUGUACACAGCAGGCUGACUUCCUAUAAGCUCAUACCACUUAUACAUCAAGAGCCUAUCAAUAGGAUUGCUUAUGAGCCCCAAGCAGGCCUUAUCAUUACAUCAUCAGGAAGCGCCUCUACCUCAGUGGUCAUCAUAGAUGCUUCCCUGAAAAAGAAAUCCUACAUCUGGAAAAUCAACAAGGGUGUGAAAUGCUUUGACUUCUGCAAGUCUCGUACCCUGCUGGUGACAGCAGGCAUGGACUCAUUCGUCAGGCUGUGGAACCAGUACGUGACUAGCCGUCCAGUGGCUAUCCUGAGCGGACAUCACACCACUGUGCUGGAUGUGGCAAUCUAUGAACCCCUGGCACAGAUCUUCAGCUACUCCAUGGAUGCUGUGCUGAAGGUGUGGGACCUUGUGUCACAGCACUGUUUGAGGACCCUGCUGCUGAAGUUCCCCUGUGUGCAGGCGGGGCAUCCUCUGGAGCACGGAAACUUCCCUCUCCUGCUGCUGUCAGCCGCACCCCACGUGCUGCUGGUGUCCUGCCGGGACUACCUGGGCCUGCUGCACCUCCAGCACAGGGACACUGAGGGGGGAGAGCCCCUCACCCAUAGCACCCCUCUCACCGGGGCGCUCUACAACCCCCUCUUCAAACAGGUGGUGACCGGGAGUGCCGGCUCCUCAGUGGCUGUGUGGGAUGUUGAGACGGGGACAAAAUGCCUGCAUGUGAGGAAUGCUCAUGGGCAGGAGGAGAUCACCUGCAUGGCCUUCGACACCUCACAACACCAACUUAUUACUGGGGCACGCAACGGCACCAUCAAGGUGUGGGACAUGCAUAAUGGAUGCAAUCUUCACAAGCUGGAGGCUGUUGCUGUGGCUGAAGUCACAGGGGUCGUCAGUCUCCCUGACAACAAGCUUUUGGCUGUGGGCUGGAGUCAACAGAUAGCUCAGUACAGCGUCACAAACCAUAAUGAUAUCUAUGUACAGGCAGACAUGUCCUGGAAGGCUGGUCAGCUGCACAAGGAUGAUAUCCUGGCUGUGGAUUACUGCCCGGCCCUGGGGCUUCUGGCUACUGGUAGCUUUGAUGGAGAGAUGAUCAUCUGGACCCUGAGCACUCAAAGACCCCUGCUCUACCUACAGAGAGCGCUGGACGCCAGGGCUCAUCCUGACUUUGUGGAGGACACCUCAGGGAAGACCAGCACUAAAGCAGGCCUGGUUCCUCCCAGCUCCUGCCAUGGUGGCAAAUACGGCUCAGAGGAGGGGAGGCUGGCUCCAGUGGACCGGCUGCUGUUCCUGCAGCACCGAGCACGGGGAGGCCAGCGGAGGAGCAGGCCUCUCCUCGUCAGCUCCGCGGCGGGGUGCCUCAGCUGGUGGAGCGUCGCCGGGCCCGGGCGCAGACGCGGGUACUUUUAUGCCCCAGAGAGGGCCGAUGUGUCUGUACUGGGGCUGAGCUCUGACCAGGAGAACCACCUCCUUGUUUCUGGGGACACGGCAGGCUCCGUGCAGGUGUGGGACAUCUCACAGUUCGCCCUGGAGGCAGGAGACCAGACAGGCCCAGACCGCCCCCCUCUCCUGCACAGUUGGAGAGCUCAUGUCAGCGCAGUGGUCAGUGUGGAGCUGCUCGUUUACAGCGAACAGCUCUUCCUCAUUAGUGCCUCCGCGGACCGGACCGCCCGUCUGUGGGCCAGUGACGGCCGCUAUGUGGGUCGGUUCGGGCAGGAGCAGAAGUGGAGUCUGUGUGAUCCGGCUACCUAUCGGCAUCCCAGAGACCCUUGGGGCCGACAAACAGAAGUUACAGAGGAUGAAGAUGAUGAGAAGGAGGAGGAGGUGGAGAUGGAGCGGGGCGUAACGAAGAGAUCCCGAGAGAACGCUUCGACAUCUGAUCAGGCCAGCUCAGGUCAGAGGGCAGGAGUGAUGAUCCAGAUGAAUGAAAGCUACAGAGAGGACAAGUCUCAACAGUGCACAGCAGGUGCAGGACUGUCGUCAUUUCCUCCAUUGGUCCCCGGGGAAACACAGACUGCUGUCCUGAACCCUUCAAACAGCCCUGGACACAAAGAACACACCAAGAUUGCACUGGGGCUGCAGGUGGAGAAGGAUCUGCAGAGAAAGCUAGCUGCCCGGCAAGAGUGCCGCAAAGCAUUUGGCCACAUCGACGUCAACAAGCUUUCCCGUACUGGCAAUAUCUGCACUCCAUUCCAAGCUCUGUCAAUGCAGGAGUGCCAGGAGGUGCCGUUUCCCAGCAGUUUACCCCUGACCCCUUGGAUGACAAGGCUGAAGGCAGUGAGGGAGGCUGACCUAGGUGUGCUGUCUCGGACCAGCCCCAGCUCAGAUGACCAGGGAGGAGACGUGGUUUGAGCUAGAGUACAUGUUUGGAUGGAGGAAACCGAAAGUGCAUUAAGGUGCAGCAGUAUCUCAAGAGUGAAACGCACGUCUCACAUAUGACUGAGGCCACUCACUGCUCAUGGUCUCUAGCUGCCUGUACCAGCUGCUCUUGUGGGCUUUGGAGUCAGAGUAUGCCAAUUAGUGGCCUCUGAUCUUACACGUCAGAGCCUAUUUAAAAAUAAAUGUAUUGUUUGCUUGGACAGGAAGAGUAUAAAAGAAUAUAAGUAAUGGCAAAACUCACUGUUUAAGUAUUUGAUACAAAAAUUGUUGCUAAAAAAAACUGAAAUUGAACAACUCUAGCCAAAGGCAUGCAUAAGACACGGUGCAAAACCUUAUCUAAAAUGGAAAUGAUACACAGACUGGAAAAUUAAGUAGACAUUCUUUUAAAAUCAUAAACUGAUAUGCAGCAUUUGAUUCAUACAUGGCAGCUGUGGAGCUGUCCACUGUCAAUGAAUUAUUGCAAACAUUUGUUACUGUGUUUCCCACUAAAGUAUGUGGUGUGCCUGAUGUGGAUCUGGCCUCUUUUGGCCUCUUUUUGCCCAUGAAAAGUAACCUCACCUCAUUUAUAGGCUAAUGAGAAUAUUUAGUCAGCCUUGCCCAGCUGUUGUUCUGUUUAAUUGCAUCCUAAGACUAAAGAUUUGGCAGGAACAUGGAAAAAAAUGAGCUUUAGCUUUUCCCAAGAAGCUUUUCUCUGGAACCUGUAAUCAUUAAACUUUUGGCUGUUUUUAGUCUGGUGUUAGCAAAGGAAUGCUGGACAUUAUUUCCACUGGAGUGCUGAAAUUCCAAUGUGCAAUAUAUCAGAGCCCAGACAGGUCCAAUCAAAUAUGGUUUAUUGAAUAAAAUAAACAAUGAUCAUCAUACAGGUUGUUACAAUAAGGUAUUGUUGACAGCUUUAUUUGCUUUACUUUUUUGGAUCUCCAACAUUGCAGUUUCUGUUUACUUGUCUUUGUUAGUCUUUGUUUUUAGAAAUUUCUUUAUCUAUGUUUAACUCCGUACUGGCUAGUAAAUAUUUGUGUGCUUUUUCUG